AUGGCGGAUAAUGAGUCAAAAGCGCGACAAAAGAUGGCGGAAGGAGAGAAAAAACUGAAGGGAGGUGGCGGAUUUUUCUCCAAAUUUCUUGGCAGUGGUGGCGGCGGAGGUGAAGCUGCCGACCUUUUCAUUCAGGAUGAUGAAAUGAUGGAAAAUGAAGAUGAAGAAAGCAGUGAAAUUGAGUGCGGAUCGCCAGGCUGCAAUUAUAUGGCCAAAAAUCUGCUUGAUUUUGAAGAGCAUUAUAAAUCGCACUCAUUUCAAUGUAUAGAGUGCGGAAGAUCAUUUCAAACAGCUCAUAUGCUUGAUGUUCACUGUGACGAACUUCACAGUCCAUUUUUUGCUGUAAAAGUUGCGAAACACCCGGAGUCUGCACAUUUCCGUUGUCUUCAUCCAAACUGCGCGUUAAUGUUCACAAAUGCAAGAACUCGCGAUGAGCACGCAAGAACAACGCAUUUCAUUCAACAAGAUUCUCGCCGGCGACGAGCCGAUGAAGAGUUAUGCUCGUCUAUGAGCCGGAUUCAUGUGAAUAACUCUGGAUGGGCUAAUGAUAGCGACGAUGGCGGAAACUUGUUCAAAAUGGCCAAAUCUUGGAAGGAAGCUGGAGAUGCUUUUGUUAAAGCUGCUGAGGUUUAUGGAAGCCAGGGUGAUUCGAAGCAUGACUGUGCCACUCAAUAUGCCGAGGCCGCGAACUGCUACAGAAAAGUUAAUCCACAGCUUGCUGUUGAUUGCCUCUUGAAGACAUCCGAAAUCUAUACUGAUAUGGGCAGAUUUACAAUGGCCGCUAAGAAUCAUGUGACCAUUGCCGAGUUGUACGAGUCUGAGUUGCCCGACAAAGAGCAAUGCAUCAAGCAUUACCAACAAGCCGCGGAUUACUACAAAGGCGAGGAGCAAAAAAGCAGCGCUAGCAAAUGUCUUGUCAAAGUUGCAAUGUACGCUGCGGAGCUUGAGCAGUACCGUCAGGCUAUCUCCGUUUUUGAGGAAAUUGCGUUUUAUGAAGCUGAUCAUUCUACUUUGAAGUACGCUGCCAAGGGGCAUUUCUUCCAGGCUCUUUUGUGUCAUUUGUGCAUUGAUCCGCUUGACACACAACAGGCAUUGCAAAAGUAUGAGAAUGCUUCACCAUCAUUCACUGAUUCCCGCGAGUGCAAAUUUAUCAAGGAAAUUCUUGCCGCGAUUGAGGAUCAAAAUGAGGAGACGUUCACCGAAGUGGUCGCGAAUUACGAUAAAAUCAGCAGACUUGAUCCAUGGGCAACUUCUCUUCUUGUUAAAGUGAAACGCGCCAUCGCUGCCGACGGAGAUGAUGAUCUCCGCUAA